AAAAACUCUCCUAUAAAUACCCCCUUAAAACCAAACAAUCUAACAAAUAAUCACAACUUGGUUUGCUUAAUUUCAAUUUUCCAUAGCAAUUAGAAAAUUUAGCCAAAGACUAUGGAGAAGUUAGCUUACGCUGUUGCUCUCCUGCUUCUGGCAUCACUGUUUCAACCUCUCACUGCUCGAGAUUUGGAAAUCAAUGUCUUGCAACUUGAUGUUUCUCAGUCUGAUUGCCCAGGAGUGACAAAGGACACAUGGCCAGAACUUCUUGGUGUACCAGCCAGGCUUGCGAGACAAACAAUUCAGAAUGAAAAUUCAAAUAUAACUAAUGUUCCCAGUAUAUUGAAUGGUUCUCCAGUGACAACAGAUUUUAGAUGUGAUCGAGUUCGUCUUUUUGUUAAUGUCUUGGACUUUGUCGUACAAACUCCUCGAGUUGGUUAAAGAAAAUAAAAAAUUACUCCCAUAGUCCAUGGAGUGUUUUAAGUAUGAUUAGUCCCAAGAAAAUAAAUUGAAGCUGUAUGGUUAUUGUCUCCAUGUAUGCCUAUGCCAGUGCAGUGAUAUUUGGACUAAUAAAUAAGUGUGGCUUUCGAUA